GGAAACGUCAACAGGAAUGAAGAUUUAACAUUUUAAUUCGUGGUUUUGUUGAUUUGUUAGCUCAUGCAGCCGUUCACUAUAGUUUUUUUAAUUGAAGGGCAGCUAUUCCCUGGACGAGGAGACUGUUGAGUUAGCCAGCUACCAUGUCAGAAUGUUAAUACGAGUCAGCUUUGUCUGUUUUCGGUAACGUUACAGUAAAAGUAGCGGAUUCUCGAUGAGUAUACGGGCACUUUGGGUUGUUUCUCACGACAAGGGUGAAUCUGGAAAAUUGCGAUUUUCCAGACGCUACCCCACAGUGGAGUUCCGUGCUAAAUCCCUGGCAGGAGCUCAGUAUGUGGCUGUUCCUGAGGACCGUCUUAUACCCCAGCUCCUGCUGACCGAGCUGGGCCUGAUAGACCCUGAGAAGCCCUAUGUGGCCGUACGGGACGACUGUGCCCGUCAGCAGCGCUGCCCUGCUGUGGAACUACAUGUCGGUGGUCCAAGUGGGAGAACCCUGUGGCCUCUGCUAACCAUCCACCAGGGUGGGCUAAUCCUAGCCUGUCUUCCUCUAGUUGAAGCCCCGCCUGAUCCUAGACCUCCUCUCCCCGGCAUAGCUUCAGUCUCUCAGGGCUUAGCUCUUCUCUCAGGCCUGCAGGGUUUUCUUUGUGGCACAGGGAGUAAACUGCCAGAGCCUGAUGUGUUGGCCUCCCGCUUGGCCGCUCUCCCCUCAGUGCUUCUGCAGGUUUGUCCUCUAGGGACGCCCUUGGACGUCCCCCCUCAGGCUGGAGCGUUGCCUGCCACUGUGGCUCCAGGCCCAGGCGGUGCUCAGAAGCAGCCAGCCUGGAAAGCAGGAGUCCAUCGAGGCAGAGCGGUGGUGAGCGUGGCCCUCACAGAGAUGGUGAGGUCCAUGCAGUAUGGCAACAGGAACAAACAAGAUAUGUGGGAUGUGCAUGGGAUGGUGAUGUGCAAAUGUGAGGUGGAAGGAGUUCUACCCAACGUUACGGUCACCCUUACAUUGCCGCCCAAUGGUUCACCUCUGCAGGACAUCCUUGUACAUCCCUGUGUCACAUCUCUAGAUUCUAGCAUUCUCACAGCCAGCAGCGUGGAUGAGAAUGAUGGCUCAGCCUUUUCAGGGCCAUACAAAUUUCCCUUCUCUCCACCUCUGGAGCCUUUCAGACUCUGCAGUUACACCUCACAGGUACCUGUGCCUCCUAUUCUUGGCUCCUACCAGCUGAAAGCAGAAGAAAACCUGCUCAAGCUGAGUGUUGUCCUCAAGCUCCACGAGAGUGUCAGAAACAGUUUUGAAUACUGUGAGGCACAGCUACCGUUUUUCAACAGACACCAAAUAGGCAGUGUGGAUGUAAAGGUGAGUUCAGGACAGUUAGAGGUGUCAAAAGAGAAGAAUCUGCUGGUUUGGGUUCUUGGUCAGAAGUUUCCAAAGUCGCGAGAGGUAACUCUGGAAGGUAGUGUGAAUUUCUCUGGGCAUCUUUUUGGACCAACAGACCCUCUGUGCACAGAUCUCACUGCAUAUGUAAAACUGUUCUUCCGCGUACCAGAUUUGACCUUAUCUGGAUGCUGUGUGGACCAACACUCUGUGCAGGUGUAUUCCUCAGCAAAACCGCGCAUUGUCACGACGCGAGAACUGGUGUCUUCUGAAUACUACAUCUGGAAUUCCACUGGAGAUGCUCCUGUGUCCUCUGGACUCAUGAUAUUGUAGCAUCAUGAUUCACUGCCUUAAUAUUCACCUUAAUAACUGGGCUGAUAACAGUCUUUGCUCUUUGCAGGUGCAGGCAGGGAAUCAGGUUUAGGCAGUUGGAUUAAUUCAGGUGACAAAUUAGAUUUAGAUUAGACAAUUCGAUUUUUACACAUUAGUUGAUUAAAUGAGAGAGUGCACUAAGUGAACGAAAGGCUGUGCCUGUAGCUUGUAGACAACAGGUAUGCUACAGCCUGUCAUAGUCAACAUAGGCCAUGGAGUUAACAGUGCCUUUUCAUUUCCACCAUGCAAUUCACCAUAUUUCAGUGCCUCAUUGCUCUUUGUUUUGGUUUAUUCUUGUAAAGAGAAGAAAACCUUACCCUUCUUGGACAGAAUCUAUUAGUGAGUCAGAGUUUUAUGUGUGAGGAUCUUUGGUGCUGAAUGAAAUAAAAAAAAAAAUCUUUAUACAAUU